GUGGUGAAUUACGCUCCCUUCACGCUGCUCCCCUCUGCAGUACCGUGUGCCCUGUUCGAACAAGCGUAUGCUGUUCAGCAAGACUUUAAUCUGCUGGUGGAUGCCAUUAGCCAGAACAAAGAAUUCCUGGAGCGUACUUUGGCCAGCACCAUCAAGGUAGAUGACUUCACAGCCCGACUCUUCAGAAUCCACAUGCAAGUUUUGGAGGAAGGCUUGGCUCAGUCUGUGUUUUUAGGCAUAAACCGCUCUGAUUACAUGUUUGACUGCGGGCUGGAUGGCACACCGGCUCUGAGACAGAUAGAAAUAAACACCAUUGCUGCCAGCUUUGGAGGCCUCACCUCCCGCACGGUGGCGGUCCACGGGCGGGUGUUGAAAGUGCUGGGAAAGGCUGAGGAAGCAUCGCGCCUGCUGCCCAACAACCCAGCCAAAGGGCUCGCCUUGGGUAUCGCGAAAGCCUGGGAGCUCUACGGCUCACAGAGUGCUGUGGUGAUGUUUCUGGUGGAGAAAGUCCAAAGGAACAUUUUUGAUCAGCGAUGCGUAGAAAAUGAGCUUUGGAACAGGAAUAUUCGGGUCAUCAGGAGGCGAUUCCGAGAUGUGUUUGAAAAGGGCUCUCUGGAUGAUGCCAAGAGGCUCUAUGUGGACGGCCAGGAGGUAGCAGUGGUGUACUACCGAGAGGGCUACGUGCCGAAGAACUACGACCAGGAGAACUGGGAGGCGCGGUUGUUGCUGGAGAGAUCAAGGGCGGUGAAGUGCCCUGACAUUGCUACCCAACUGGCUGGCACCAAGAAGGUCCAGCAGGAGCUGAGCCGGCCAGGGACGCUGGAGAGAUUGCUGCCUGGCCGCACCGAGGCUGUUGCUCGGAUAAGAGCAACGUUUGCUGGACUUUAUUCCCUGGACAUGGGUGAAGAGGGUGACAAGAUAGCUGCUACCGCUGUCGCUGACCCCGACCGGUUUGUGCUGAAGCCACAACGAGAAGGUGGAGGGAACAACCUGUAUGGUGAAGAGCUCAGGCAGGUUCUGGAGAAGAUCAGAGACAGCCCUGAGAGAACCUCCUACAUCUUGAUGGACAAGAUCAAACCACAGCCAGCAAGGAAUUACUUGCUGAGGGCUCACAGUCCCCUACAAGUGUCCGAGUGCAUCUCCGAGCUUGGUAUUUUUGGUGUCUACGUCAGGUGAGAACCAUGCUGGGCAUUGCAGGGUGGUUACCUGCUCCAGCCCUGAGCACAGCAGUGGGGCAGUGGCGGAGUGGCGGCUGGGGUGGCAGUGCUGGACACUCCGUACUUGGUGUGA